UCGGUUGGCUUUUACCAGCUUUGUUCUAACAUUUAUUAAACAACCCGUCGCAAAAAGAGGCAUGGCAGUUAAAUAUAUUAGCUCAAUUUAGGAUUAUCUAUUUUAAGUUCGGCAAUGUAUCGACACAAUAAUCCGUAUUAUUCGUAGGAUUUUUAUGUGUUUAUUUUUCCUCUGCGUUGCGUCCCCUUUAAGUGGUGUUGGGUGUAGGCUUCAAAGCUCAAAGGGAAGCCGAAGAGUCAAACUGUGGAUAAAUAGAAAGUGGAUCGGAAGAAAAGCAGAUAAACGGUACACUGAGAGCACCUCGGUACAACAGGUCAGCGGGUCUGGAGGGCUGGAUGCGGUCGUCAUGGUGAAGGAUGUUCCGGAAAGGCAAAAAGCGCCACAGCAGCAGCAGCUCGCAAAGCAGUGAGAUCAGCACAAAGAGCAAGUCUGUGGACUCCAGCUUGGGAGGACUCUCCAGAUCGAGCACUGUUGCCAGUCUUGACACAGACUCCACCAAAAGCUCAGGGAACAACACAUCUGAGACAUGCGCUGAGUUUCGGGUGAAAUAUGUGGGUGCUAUUGAGAAGUUAAAGUUUGACAUGAGCAAGACCCUCCAGGAACCGCUGGACCUCAUCAACUACAUUGAUGCUGCUCAGCAAGAUGGAAAGCUGCCAUUUGUUCCCGGAGAUGAGGAGAUGGCUCUCGUAGUGUCCAAGUACGGCGUCAAGGUGGCGUCGCUGGACCACUGUAAUGUGCUGCAUCGCCAUCCUCUCUACCUGAUCGUGCGUAUGCUGUGCUACGAUGACGGCCUAGGCGCGGGGAAGAACCUGCUGGCUCUGAAAACCACCGACACAAAGCAAGAAGAGUGCAGCAUCUGGGUGUACCAGUGCAGCAGCUCAGAGCAGGCGCAGUCCAUCUGCAAAGUGCUGUCGGCCUCCUUCGACUGCGUUCUGACAUCAGACAAGUCCAGAGGCUCUGAGUGAGAGUUGGGAUGAGAGCGAAACAUCGGCAAAACCAGCAACAGUUAGACAACCAGCAUUGUUAUUGGCAAAAAUUUUGCACUUUUGCUUUCUUACCCUUCUGAGAGGUCAUCUAAAGGGCAGAUCUGAUGGUGCGUAAUCUUUGUUAUUGAUGGAAAAGUCUGGCGUGAGCUAGCUGUUGUUCCCCUUCCUGUAAUCCAUCCAGUUAAAACAGAACUGUGGUGAAUUUUCCUGAGUCACUUCCCUGGAAUUUGUUUCCUUUUUUUUGCCUUCUCACAAUAAAUAUUAAAAGGAGGUGUAGUAAGGAGGGAAACGGUUGCAUUAAAUAUAGCUUUGGGACACAAUGCAGAGCUUUUAUAAGUGUAAUGUUAAGUGUAUUUAAUGUACGCAAUGGUACUACAUAGUGCUAAAACUUUGCUGGCAUAUGUUAAUUCACGGAAGACAAUCAUCAGAUUAACUGCUCGGUACACAGAUGUGACAGCUGGCUUCAAGAGGAAAUCACUCAAAUCCCUCUUCAGGUUUUAAAACCCUGUGAGUGUUUUGUUUUCUAACAGCAGUAUUGGUACAAUAGUGGUCGCUUUUUGACCAGAAGGAAUGUUAUAAAUAUCGCCUCACUUUUUGGACACAUUGAUUUUAAUUUGUGGGAUUUAUUCAUUUUUAAAGAUUUACUUGAGCUUAUUUUAAAUCUUUUUUUUUUUUUUUAAACUCUUGGUACCAAAAGUGUGAUUAGCUGGGAAAAAGUAAAUUUUAACAGGCUGGUAGCGACACAUGUAAGAUUUUGUGGGACUUGUUUACAGUUGUGGUACUAACUUGACUUCACCUUGUGAAAUAAUACUUUGGUCCAGUUGAAAAUGUGUGUGAAGAAGGAAAAUAAAGACGUGGAUCAGGUACAGCAGAGGAGUGUUUUCCUUUUCUUGAGUGCAUUUGCCAGCAGAGGGAGCUCAUGAGACAUCAUUUAACUCUUAGCUUGACAAGAUUGUUUUUAAAAUGCAGGUCACGAAAUAUGGUAAUGGAAGAAAAAACACUUGCUGCUGGAUCACAAACUCUGAAGAAGAAACACACCGACGCCUCGCACUAUUUCAGAUUUUAUUGUUCCAGUUUGUUUGUUUUUUUCUCCGAUUUACUUGCACAACAGAGUUAGGAGUCAAUGCAGUGAUUCACAGACUGUUAAUGAGAAUGAUUUGAAUAUUGUUUGUGUGUGUGCACACAUUCGUGUCUGUAUUCAUGUUUACAGCACACACACAGGCCCAGCUGAGGUUGUGUGACUGCUCAUCACCACAGUGCAUUAAAAGACAUUUACUGCC